UCUUCCUGCACUUCUCUCUGGAGCAGCAGACUUGCCUCAAGGAGACAAAGCAAUGGACACAGCAAAGUUCAUCCCUGAUGAGCCUCGGUCCAGAAGUAGAAGGAAGCAAGAUCUCCAGGAGAUGCUGACAGAAGUGGGGUUGUCUGUUGACUACUGGCUGCCUAAGCUUCAGGAAGACAUGGGUGUGACCUGUGCCCAGGCCUUACAACACUUAGAAGAAAAAGACCUCCAGAAGCUGAAGUCCCAGACACAACACACAUGGGAAGAAAAGGCUCUGGAGAAGCUGCUUGACCUCUCACAGCCAAACAGUGUUGCAGAGUUCCAGGAGACUUCAUGGGAGAUAAUAGAGAGCAGACAGCAGCAGGCAGAACAGGCACUGCAGGAACUGAGGGCCUUGCAGUCAGAAAGGAAGCAUAGACAGGAAGAGGAAGUAAGGGUGAAAGAAGUAGAGUUUAGGCAAGCAAUGGAGAUCCCUGAAGAGUGCUGGCCAGGGCCAGAAGUACCCCUCAAAGAUAUCACUGAAACAAUGGAGAGACAUCUCAGUCACAUAAAAGCGACAAUGAUAAAAAGUCAAAACUUCUCAGAUAGAGACCUGCUAAGAUUCACAUCUGGUGGGCUGGUGCUGCAGGGAAUUUAUAAGACCUGCCACCAAAAGGACUUGGCAACAAGGAGAGAAGAACUACUCAGGGUCCCCAAAGAACUGUUCCUCUUUGGGUCUGAGCAAGGAAAACAGAUGGAAACAAAAGAAUUCACAUCUUCGGAAGAAGAAUCCCUGUUCACUGAAACUGUGGAGAAGUUCGGUUUCCGGUUAACACUUUUAGCCAAGGGUGGAGGCUGGGGAUUCAAUUUAGAAGGUGGAAUGGAUACAGUCAAGGAUUUAGAAUCCAAAGAAGUCCAAGAAUCACAUUCUAAGCACACUUAUUUCUGCUUAUCAAAGUUCAGGUACAACCCACUAGCCUCCUUCCACUUUUGCAAAGAUCAGCUCCAACUCUCCACUGCUGCUCUCAAGGAACUGAAAAUCAUUGAGGAACAACUGGAACACACGGAAGGACCAGACAGAUUCCUUGUAGUGAGGAAAAGGACUGAAAACUUCUUCAACAGAUUUGGUUCUCAUGCUAAUCAAGGCCCUGUGCAUUUUGGGGGAAUAUUCUACUGGAAGGCCAUUUCAGAGGGUUUCAAAAGUGACCAGCUGGAUUGUGUGAAGCAGCAGAUAGCAGAGGCCUUGGAUAUUUAUGUAAGAGGGAGCUACAGUGGCUUUGGAUUUGAUGUUGGGGGAGGGAUGACAGAUUCAGAUGCACAUUCAGCAAGCUCCUACAAAAAUUCAACUAAUCAACAGCUCCAAAUCAAAGUUCAGUUAUCUAUGGCCCAGAUAGGUGGACCACCAGAAGCAAAUGGAAUUGUUCAGUGGACAACUGGCCUUCUUGCCAGCAACAAAACCUGGUGUGUCAUUGACCGAGAACAUCAGCUGGUACCCAUUUGGGACAUCAUCCUAUCAAAUCACAGAAGCAAUUUUAAGGACCACUUUCUGGUGGCUAACUGCCUGGCAGAAAACUACUCUGCUCUGACAGGCCUUGAUGCCCAUAUCCAGCCAGGAGAACAUAUGCCGAGUACCAUAAAAGAAGCAGGACUUUUCAUGGAUGAUGUGAAAUCCUGGAAGGUCUCAGACUCUGAAGAACAGCUUAACUACCUGAUAGAUUUUAUGCAAACCCUGGCUCACAAAACAAAAAGUUAUGAAGUUUGGAUUAAUACAUGCCUCACAAAUUGUAAUCUACAAAAUUUUCUUAUAAACACUGUCAACUUUUGCAAAAAAUCUUCCAUUAAAAAAACUCAGUUUAUUAAAUCUCAAUUCCGCACCCUUCUAGAACCUCAUGUACACAAAGUGAAAAACUUUCCUCAGGUGACAUCAAUCAUGCAGUGGAUCAACCAGACAGAGUCAGAGGAACAGCAAGUUAAAAUCACUGAAUUGUCUGAAUUCCUUAAAAGUCUGAAAGAAAUCCAAAAAGCUCUCGUGGAAGCAAAUGACAAUUCUGAGUCCCUAGAAACAGUGGAAGAAGCUCAAAGAAAGGCUACCUGUGAUGUCACCACAGCUCUUAGCUCCUUCUUGAACUCUCUCAGAGAAGCAGAGCAGCCAGACACGCAGCUGCUACUACUCUGCAUUGCAGCUGCUGCAGGCUAUCAGCUGGAAAGCAAUGUUUUCCAGCCUCUCCUGGGGUACACUGAAAUAAAAUUUCUACUGGAUGAAAUACAAACUGUCCAAUACAGAUAUCAGGAGCUUAAAACUAUCUGCACAGACAGGGCACAGGCAUUCCUAGUGCUCGAAGCUCUGACGGCCACAAUUGGAGUCACAGCCAUUUCUCCAGAAGAAAAAGCACAACGCUUGACAUUAACAAGGCAGCAUAUGGAGCAUUUAUUUUCUACUAAAGUUGCACAUCUCCUCACAAAGUUUGGAACAGAUCAUGAUUGGGAGAAUCUAGAGAAUAAUUUGAGCUUACUCACUAAUGGGAACUAUAAAGAUGCUAUCCCUUCUUUGCAAAUGGAUGAGGUAAAAAAGGAAUUGCAAAGUCUCCAGAAUAAAAAGAAAGAACAGCAAAAUGAUGAUAGCAAUGAAGAAGAGGUAAUAGAAAAAGGACCUUUCCUAGACUUACUACAGCGUCUGGGUCUAGAACACCACUAUCCAAAAAGGAUGAGCAGAGCUGACUUCCAUCUGAUCUAUAAGACUUCUGUGUAUAAUACACAGCCAAGAUCUGAACAGGAACUUCCCUUCUAUUUCCUACAAAAGCUAUUGAUGCUAGAUUGUGGGUUCAGAUAUCUGAUCUUCAAAAAAGAUGGAAAUACAGACACCCAAGACUCUGUAGGUCCCUCCAACCAGGAAAAUGAUGUUGUUGAUCCAUACGAAGAGCUGUUUGAUGACAGUAAUGAAGUCACUAAUUCUUCACCCACUGAGUCCCGGCCCCACAUUCACCCAAUGGACAUUCAGAUGGCCAUUUUUCACUGUGUAGAUGAUAUUGCCAGGCAAUACAUUUUGUCCAAACUUUCCAUUUGUCAAUUUGCACUCCCCCUUGUGGUGCCAAAUCCCAACACUUCUAAGAUGGAAUUCUCUCUCUGGUCUCUCAGACAAAUAAGGAGAAGUUGGCAAGAGUCAAGUAAAUCAGCACAGGACAGGAGCUACAGUCACAGGAAUCAGCAGAUGUGCUGUGUCUCUGCCCCCAUUGUGUCUUUCAUUAGAGUUGGAAAUGGCUUCUCUGUUUCCAAAUCUCAGAUCAUGAACUCUCUCCUCAGUAGACAUAAACAUGAUGUGUUUUUUCACAGGCACUGCAGAGGAAGCAGCAAAUAUUGUCUCCUGAUGGAGGGAGUGGUGGAGAUCUCCUGGUUCUGUCCUGGGGGUCAAGGUGAGGACACAUUUGACAAGUGUGUGGCCUUCACCAAUCUUCACGGAGAUGCCAAAGAACAUAGACAACAACUCAGCUUCCUGCAGGAUAUCUCUUCUCUCAUUGUGAUCCUCAUGUCAGCUUCUAAUGACAAUAAAGAAAACCAAAACCUUGUCAGACACUUGUGGCAGUCAUCAAAACCUGUGAUCUGUCUGAUUGAUGACAAAGAAAAAUUCAUGACUAAUAAUUCAGGCAGAAGGGUGAGGAUUGGCAUUAGGAAUAGAAAUGAAGCAGAAUUAACAGAAGAACUCACGACUGCCAUUGAACAUUUACUAGAAAUCUCUGGCACUGCUCUCAGUAUAGAAGACUGUUCACAGAUGGCUCAAAAACAAGGAUUCAUGAUUGAUGAAUACCAAAAAGCAUUGAAGGAGGCCAAAGAAAAAGCACAGACAAAUAGGAAACUCCUGGAGCAAUCCAAGGUAUCUCAGAUAAAAGAAAAGUUGCUGCCCCUUCAAGGACAACUAUGGCACCAUUGGUGUAAGAAAGACAAAGAACUCUAUCAUCUGCAAGAAAAAGGGCAUCGGAGCAUUGAACAACACAAGAGUGACAUUAAAAAAGAAAAACAAAAAAUACGACGGCAGCAGUUUGAAAAGGCCUUCCCUCUCAAUGGUUUCAUGCAAUCUGUCCUACAAAUUCUCAAAGAAGACUCAGAAAAUGACCUCAAAUUCUACUUCUUAUACUGGUUAAGUGUGGUUUUGGAAAAUCUAACUAUAGAACACUUGGGGAUUUUACAUGGAAAACAGCAAUAUUUGUGGUCACAGGCAGAAAAGCAGAAAGCACAGAAGAACAGCUCCCUGACACUCUGGCAGAAGCAGAUAGAAGCCAUCUCUACCGAGAUUUUUAAUUGCACUUUAGGAGUUGAGCACCUUCUCCGAGAAGUUGGCCAGAUCUAUGAAACUCUAGAAGAAGUUUCCGCCUCUGGAGACAGCCUUUUUCUCUGCCUCCCCCAGAUUGCUGCAGAUUUGAUGAUAGCUGGUCUUCCCAUUGAGCUGAUGGAUGGGGAUGCUUCAUAUGUGCCUCUAAAGUGGGUGGCAUCUGUUUUUGACAAGAUCUCAGAGAAAGUUGGAGACAAAAGGUUGUUUGUUCUCUCUGUCCUUGGCCUACAGAGCUCAGGGAAAUCCACCCUACUAAAUGCCCUGUUCGGGUUAGAGUUCACAGUCAGUGCAGGCAGGUGUACCAAGGGGGCCUACAUGCAGCUCCUGAAGGUGGAAGAGACAUUCACAGAAGAACUUGGCUUUGAUUUUGUGCUUGUUGUAGACACAGAAGGACUUCGGGCUCCAGAACUAAACAACAAAUCCCGGAAUUGGGACAACGAGUUGGCAACAUUCGUCAUUGGCCUUGCAAAUUUGACUCUGAUCAAUAUUUUUGGGGAGAAUCCAUCAGAGAUGCAGGAUAUCCUACAAAUUGUUGUCCAGGCCUUUCUGAGAAUGAAACAAGUGAAAAUCUCCCCCAGUUGCAUCUUUGUCCAUCAGAAUGUGGGAGAUGUUACAGCUAAAGACCAAACCAUGGAAGGACGAAGGAGACUGGAACAGAGACUGGAUGAAAUGACAGCAUUAGCUGCUGAACAGGAAGAAUGCUCAGACAUAACCCGCUUCAGUGAUGUAAUUAAAUUUGAUGUCAAUAGUCAUGUCUACUACUUUGCUCACCUCUGGGAUGGCAAUCCCCCAAUGGCUCCUCCCAAUCCUCACUAUAGCCACAAUGUCCAGGAGUUGAAAACUGGGAUUCUUAGGAAUGCCCAACAGGAAUCCAAGGGAAGGAUCAUGAAGAUUUCAGAUGUAAAAUUCCGAGUUCAGGAUUUAUGGAAAGCCCUGGUCAGUGAGAACUUCAUUUUCAGUUUCAGGAACACCCAAGAGGUCAUAGCCAUGAGUAAACUGGAAACCAUGUAUAACCACUGGACCUGGGAGCUGAGGAGCCAUGUUCUGGACUUACAGAAUCAGUUGAACAAUCAGAUUCAGAAUGGGAAAAUCUUGACUCUCACAAGUAAUACACUGGAGGGUCCAGUCAGUACAAAAUAUGAAACCAUUAAGCAAAAAUUUGACAAUUAUUUUGAAGAAGACCCAGAUAGUGAAAUACUGGUUCAAUGGAAAGCAAAUUUUGAAAAUAAGCUACAAAUGCUUAAAGAUUCACUUAUUUCAGACACCAGAAAGAAAUGCAAUGAGCUCAUCAGUCUUAAACAAAGCCAAGAAAGACUAGAUAAACAAAAGUCACAAUAUGAAAAUGAACUGUUAGAGAGGAGCCGAGAGUUGGCAUUAGAUGUGAAGGGUAAAGAAUUAAGUGAUGAAGAGUUACGUGAAAAAUUCAAUCAAGUUUGGACAAAUUGGAUCUACAAUGUGUCUUCUACUGUACCCCUUGUCACAGAUCCUGACAUUGAUUCAGACGCUGAAAACAUUUUCCUACAGUGUUUCAAAAAGGACAAAAAUAUUGCAGAAAAACUAAAGAAAAACAAUGGAGAAAUGUUUGACAUCAAUUAUGACAAGCAUGUCCAAAUGAAAAAAAGAUGUUAUAUAAUUUCACAAAGAUUAGAAACUUGCCAUAAAGAGUCAAUUAAUAAAACUACCAACAACAUUUUUUUUAAAUUUGAUGAAAUAAUUAAAAACAUUUGGAAGCAAAAGCGUGAUUACAGUCAGCAUGAUUUUCAUGAAAUUCUGAUGAUAAUAGAAAAUGAACUGAAAUCUGUUUCCCCUGAGGAAGACUACACAUUUACCAGAGACUACAUCAUUGACUUAUCCUUGUGCUUAUUCCAAAGGGCAUCUAAGAGUUUCAGAGAAAUGCAUAAGGCAUUUAAAAGAGCAAAUGAUCCUGUGAACUAUCUGGAGAGCAAGAAAGACAAUUUCUUCAUGAGUUUUAAGAUCUCCUGUCAAGGUGCCACAUCCAUCACAUCCUUUGUGGACUUCCUGUGGCUCAAGCUCACUCCUGCUAUAUCUGCUACUAUAUGGGUAAAAAUGGGCCUUAAAGUAGCUGGGGACAUGAGAGUCACAUGCCCUGCAUUCAAUGGAAACAGGGCUAAUCUGGAGAAACAUGUUCUCAUUUCUCUGGCAGAAAAAGAAAAUUUUGAUAACUAUUGGCAGUACAUUCAUCAUCCAGAAUCCUUUUUCAGGGAUUACAUUAGAGACCACAUUAGGAGAUACUGUUCAGAAAACGAUGGUGAAAAAAUAAAGAUGUUUUUAGAAAUAAGUUUAGGAGACAUAAAGAAGGCCAUCCUCUCUGCCAUUCAUAAGACCACAGAAGUAGCAAAUGAUAGCAGCACUGCUUCUCGCUGGUUGGAUUUGUUCUGUGAUCACCUAGGGAGCCACCUGAUCUUUCCAAAAAGAGACCUGAUAAGCAUCGAGCAUCAGGAGAUAAAGGACACUGAGUUUCUCAAAGAAGCCAUGAGUGCAGCUUUGGAUCCUGCAAUGAGGAAAGUCGAAGAGGACUGUUCAAGUAAGCCCAUAGAUGAAAUGGUUCCUGACAUUGAGAAAAUUCUCUCUGAGCAUCUCUGUGGCUGCUGGAAGCAGUGUCCUUUUUGUAAAGCAAUUUGUACAAACACCAUUCCCGAACAUGAUGGAGACCACAGUGUACCAUUCCACCGUCCUCAGGCUGUUAAUGGAUGGCAUUAUCAUAAAACAGACUACUUUGCCAUUGAGUGCUGUACUACUUGUGUGGCAAGUGAUGGUUCAUUUAUUUUAAAUGACGCCCAGAGCUUCCCAUUUAAGAAAUAUCGAACAGCAGGAGGUGAUUUUGCCACAUGGAGCAUCACCCCUGACUCAUCUGCCCAGCCAUAUUGGAAAUGGUUUGUCUGUCACUUCAGAUCAGAACUAGAAGAGAAGUACGGAAAAAAAUUUACAGACAAAGGUACUAUUCCAGAUUCAUGGACAAAAAUCACAAAGGAAGAAGUACUUGAUGACUUGAAAAAUUAAAAAUUGCCACAAACAGAACACUAGCACUGCCACACAAAUUUCAUAUUAGCCUAGGAUGCCUAAUAGCAAUUUAGGUAGCAUCUUCAAGGUUCUACCUUUAAAAUUAAAUAAGUAAAACUAAUUAAUUAACAUUUCAAUAUUUGAAGAUUUUCUUCUAAAAAUUCUUUUUCUGCUUUGAUUUAUUUUGCUUACACAUAAUGUGCUAAAGACGAGAAUGUAUAAUA